AGACAGAACUCAACAUGGAUUUCCUAAAAAAAGUUGUGCCUUCUGUCAUGGCGGGAGAUGUGGUUGUGGAUGUUGGUAGUACUGUCCGCGAAAGUUCUCCAAAACUGUUGAAAAUGAAGCGUGUCAGCCUGCUUUCAUUUGGACAGACUAUAGAUGAAGAUGGUAUUGGUCCCCUGAACUCUAAAUACACAUCAGCACCAUCCAGCACCAUUGCUAAACGCAGAAUUUCUCCCAGUGUCAAUUCUAUCAGGGAAAAGAGAAGCGUCAUCAUGUCUAAUAUUACCAUUGAUCCAGAUGUCAAACCUGGUGAAUAUGUCAUCAAGAGCCUCUUUGCUGAGUUUGCUAUUCAAGCUGAAAAGAAAAUUGAAGUUGUAAUGGCUGAACCCUUGGAAAAACUCUUGUCCAGAUCUCUUCAGAGGGGUGAAGAUCUUCAAUUUGACCAGUUGAUAAGCUCCAUGAGCUCAGUAGCAGAGCACUGUCUCCCCUCCUUACUACGCACCUUGUUUGAUUGGUACAAGCGCCAAAAUGGAACGGAAGAUGAAUCUUACGAAUACAGGCCACGAUCCAGCACAAAAUCUAAGGGGGAUGAGCAGCAGCGUGAGAGAGAUUAUCUACUUGAAAGGAGGGACUUAGCUGUAGAUUUUAUUUUUUGCUUAGUUUUAGUAGAAGUUCUAAAACAGAUACCUGUUCAUCCAGUGCCAGAUCCUUUAGUUCAUGAAGUUCUGAAUUUGGCUUUUAAGCACUUUAAACACAAGGAAGGGUAUUCAGGAACCAAUACUGGGAAUGUGCAUGUUAUUGCAGAUUUAUAUGCAGAAGUGAUAGGGGUUCUUGCACAAUCAAAGUUUCAGGCUGUUAGAAAGAAGUUUGUCACAGAAUUAAAGGAAUUGAGACAAAAAGAACAGAGUCCUCAUGUGGUACAAAGUAUCAUCAGCUUAAUUAUGGGGAUGAAGUUUUUCAGAGUAAAAAUGUAUCCUGUGGAGGAUUUUGAAGCAUCAUUUCAGUUCAUGCAGGAAUGCGCACAGUAUUUCUUGGAAGUAAAAGAUAAAGACAUCAAGCACUCACUUGCUGGGUUGUUUGUGGAAAUUCUCAUCCCUGUUGCUGCUGCUGUUAAAAAUGAAGUUAAUGUGCCAUGUUUGAAAAACUUUGUGGAGAUGCUCUAUCAGACUACCUUUGAGCUGAGCUCAAGAAAGAAGCACUCAUUGGCUUUGUAUCCACUGAUCACUUGCUUGCUCUGCGUUAGUCAGAAGCAGUUUUUUUUAAAUAACUGGCAUAUCUUCCUGCAGAACUGUCUGUCUCAUUUAAAGAAUAAAGAUCCCAAAAUGUCUCGAGUUGCACUGGAAUCAUUAUACAGAUUAUUAUGGGUUUAUGUUAUUAGAAUAAAAUGUGAAAGCAACACUGUAACACAAAGCCGCCUCAUGAGCAUUGUAUCAGCACUUUUUCCAAAAGGCUCUCGCAGUGUCGUCCCUCGAGAUACGCCUCUGAACAUAUUUGUAAAGAUUAUUCAGUUCAUUGCUCAGGAACGCUUGGAUUUUGCAAUGAAAGAAAUAAUUUUUGACCUUCUGAGUGUUGGAAAAUCACCUAAGACCUUCACUAUUAACCCAGAGAGAAUGAAUAUAGGUCUCAGAGUCUUCCUUGUGAUAGCAGACAGUUUACAGCAGAAGGAUGGUGAACCGCCCAUGCCAACGACUGGAGUUGUACUUCCCUCAGGAAACACUCUUCGUGUAAAGAAAAUUUUUCUCAAUAAAACUCUGACAGAUGAAGAAGCAAAAGUUAUAGGAAUGUCAAUAUACUAUCCUCAAGUAAGAAAAGCACUAGACAGCAUCCUUAGGCAUCUAGACAAAGAAGUUGGCAGGCCGAUGUGCAUGACCAGUAUACAGAUGUCUAAUAAAGAACCUGAAGACAUGAUCACGGGUGAGAGAAAACCAAAAAUUGAUUUGUUUAGAACUUGUAUCGCUGCUAUUCCAAGGCUAAUUCCUGAUGGCAUGAGCAGAACUGACCUCAUUGAACUGCUUGCAAGGUUGACAAUUCACAUGGAUGAAGAACUGCGUGCCCUGGCUUUCAACACUUUACAAGCAUUAAUGCUUGAUUUUCCAGAUUGGCGGGAAGACGUUUUAUCGGGAUUUGUUUAUUUUAUCGUCCGUGAGGUGACUGAUGUUCACCCAACACUUCUUGACAAUGCAGUAAAGAUGCUAGUGCAGCUAAUCAAUCAGUGGAAACAAGCUGUUCAAAUGCAAAAUAAGAACCAAGAAGCUCAGCGUGGUGUUGCCAAUGGAAAUGGUCCUACUCUUCCCCUGGAAAGAACCCCUUAUUCAAGUGUAUUCCAUGUGGUAGAAGGCUUUGCAUUGGUCAUUCUUUGUAGCACAAGACCUGCCACUAGAAGAUUAGCCGUCAGUUGUCUUAGAGAAAUAAGGGCCUUGUUCACAGUGCUAGACCUCUCCAAGGGUGACGAUGAGUUGGCUAUAGAUGUAAUGGACAGGCUGAGUUCAUCUGUUCUUGAAAGUUUCAUACAUCUCACUGGUGCUGAUCAGACUAUGUUACUGUACUGUCCUAGUUCAAUAGACUUACAGACGUUAGCUGACUGGAGCUCCUCUCCUAUCAGCCAUCAGUUUGAUGUCGUCAGUCCAUCCCAUAUAUGGAUAUUUGCACAUGUAACUCAGGGCCAAGACCCCUGGAUUAUUAGCCUCUCCAGUUUCAUGAAACAGGAAUAUCUUCCAAAACACUGCCCUACAGCCAUGAGCUAUGCUUGGAUGUUUGCUUACAUUAGACUCCAACUAUUGUCUCCACAAGUUGACAUAAACAGCCCUAUCAAUGCCAAGAAAGUAAAUACUGCUGUAAGCAGUGAUUCUUACAUUGGGCUCUGGAGAAACUACCUAAUUCUUUGCUGCAGUGCAGCAACUUCUACAUCCUCUUCUGCAUCUGCAGGUUCUGUAAGAUGUUCCCCUCCUGAGACGCUGGCGUCUACUCCGGAUAGUGGCUACAGCAUUGAUUCAAGAAUAAUUGGCAUUCCAUCCCCUUCAUCCUUGUUUAAGCACAUUGUUCCAAUGAUGCGCUCUGAGAGCAUGGAAAUUACAGAAUCCCUUGUUCUGGGCCUUGGCAGGACUAGCCCAGGUGCUUUCAGGGAAUUAAUAGAAGAGCUGCAUCCUAUAAUUAAAGAAGCACUUGAAAGAAGGCCAGAGAAUAUGAAACGGCGCAGGCGUCGAGAUAUUUUACGCGUACAGCUAGUACGAAUAUUUGAACUGUUGGCUGAUGCUGGUGUCAUUAGUCACUGCGCGAGUGGUGGCCUUGAUAAUGAAACACAUUCCCUUAACAACACUUUGUUGGAGUAUGUGGAUCUAACCAGGCAACUCCUAGAAGCAGAAAACGAAAAGGACUCUGACACAUUGAAAGAUAUCCGAUGCCAUUUUAGUGCCUUAGUGGCGAAUAUCAUUCAGAAUGUUCCAGUGCACCAGAGAAGAAGUGUCUUCCCCCAGCAGAGCCUACGUCACAGCCUCUUCAUGUUGUUCAGUCACUGGGCGGGACCAUUCAGCAUCAUGUUUACUCCCCUUGAUAGAUACAGUGAUAGGAACAUGCAAAUAAACAGACACCAGUACUGUGCAUUAAAGGCUAUGUCUGCUGUGCUAUGUUGUGGUCCUGUUGCAGAUAAUGUAGGUCUCUCAUCAGAUGGCUAUUUGUACAAAUGGUUGGACAAUAUUUUGGAUUCACAGGAUAAGAAGGUUCAUCAGCUAGGCUGUGAGGCAGUUAUGCUACUGUUGGAGCUCAACCCAGACCAGAGUAACCUCAUGUAUUGGGCUGUUGAUCGUUGUUAUACAGGCUCGAAGAGGGUGGCAGCCGGAUGUUUUAAAGCCAUAGCCAGUGUGUUCCAAAACAGGGAUUACCAGUGUGAUACAGUUACUCUCCUCAAUCUUAUAUUAUUUAAAGCAGCAGAUUCUUCUAGGGCCAUCUAUGAAGUUGCUAUGCAACUCUUACAGAUUUUAGAACCGAAGAUGUUUCGCUAUGCUCAUAAACUAGAAGUUCAGAGAACUGAUGGGAUAUUGAGCCAGCCUUCACCUUUGCCGCAUCUGUAUUCUGUUUCCUAUUACCAACUCUCUGAAGAAUUAGCAAGAACCUACCCAGAAUUAACUCUUGCAAUAUUUUCAGAAGUCAGCCAGAGAAUUCAGACAGCGCACCCUUCUGGAAGGCAGGUGAUGCUACACUAUUUGCUACCAUGGAUGAAUAAUAUUGAGUUGGUAGAUUUGAAACCUUUACCCACAAUUCGUCGGCAAGAUGAAGACGAAGAGGAUCCCUUGAAAGAUAGAGAGCUGAUGGUGAACAGCAGGCGCUGGCUGAGAGGAGAAGGUUGGGGAUCACCACAGGCUACUGCUUUGGUUUUAAACAACCUCAUGUAUAUGACAGCAAAGUAUGGUGAUGAGGUGGCCUGGUCUGAGAUUGAGAACGUUUGGACUACUCUAGCAGACAGUUGGCCGAAGAAUCUGAAAAUAAUUCUGCACUUUUUGAUCAGCAUUUGUGGAGUGAAUAGUGAACCCAGCCUCUUGCCUUAUGUAAAGAAGGUGAUUGUUUACUUAGGCAGAGAUAAAACCAUGCAGCUUUUGGAAGAGCUGGUGAGUGAGCUGCAGCUAACUGAUCCAGUCAGUUCUGGAGUCACUCAUAUGGAUAACCCACCAUAUUACCGCAUAACUUCCAGUUACAAAAUCCCUUCCGUCACCUCAGGUACUACUUCCAGUAGCAAUACAAUGGUGGCACCCACAGAUGGUAAUCCUGACAAUAAGCAUAUGAAAGACAGUAUCGAAGAGAGCUAUGUACAUCUAGAUAUCUACAGUGGGUUGAACAGUAAUCUGAACCGCCAACACCACAGACUAGAAUCUCGCUAUAGCAGCAGUUCUGGAGGAUCGUAUGAAGAAGAGAAGAGUGAUUCAAUGCCGCAGUAUUCGAACUGGCGACUGAAAGUAAUGGAGCACAACGACGGGGAGCCUUUACCGUUUCCACCUUCCGGGGGCUGUUGGUCACCACUGGUGGAUUAUUUGCCUGAAACAUCCUCACCAGGCAUGUCUCUUCAUAGAUGUAAUAUAGCGGUGAUCCUGUUGACUGAUUUGAUCAUUGAUCACAGUGUGAAAGUUGACUGGGGAAGCUACCUGCACCUCUUGCUUCAUGCAGUUUUUAUAGGAUUUGACCAUCACCAUCCUGAAGUGUAUGAACACUGUAAACGCCUGCUGUUGCAUUUAUUGAUAGUGAUGGGCUCCAAUAGUAAUGUCCAUUCUGUGGCUUCUGUCCUUCUCAGGAAUAGGGAGUUUAAUGAACCCCGGGUGCUUACUGUCAAACAAGCAGCACAUUUGGAUUACAUCUUUACAGGUGUUAAUGACUUUAUACCGGAUCACCAGCCCUCCCCAAUGACUGACUCAGGACUCAGUUCAAGUUCUACCUCUUCUAGCAUCAGCUUAGGAAAUACCAGUGCUGCCAUUUCUCAUAUGCACAGCACCAUCCUCAACGAAGUUGACAUUUCAGGAGAGCAAGAUGAAAAAACGAAAUCACUUAUGGAGUUUAUUACUUCAAGGAAACGAGGACCACUUUGGAACCAUGAAGAUGUUUCAGCAAAGAAUCCAAGCAUAAAGAGUGCCGAGCAGCUAACCGUGUUUCUAAAGCAUGUUGUUUCUGUAUUUAGACAAUCGAGUUCAGUUGGAUUUCAGCUAGAGCACCAUCUUAGUGAAGUUGCUCUGCAAACUGCACUUUCUUGCUCUUCUCGACAUUACGCUGGGAGAUCCUUUCAGAUAUUUAGAGCACUGAAGCAACCUCUUUCUGCAGCCACUCUUUCUGACAUUCUAUCUAGGCUUGUAGAAACUGUUGGAGAUGCAGGAGAAGAAGCUCAGGGUUUUGUCAUAGAACUACUUCUUACUUUGGAGUCAGCCAUUGAUACACUGGCAGACACCAUGAAGCAUUAUGAUCUUCUCACCGCACUUUCCCAUGCUUCAUACUAUGAUCCAUUAAUGGGAAGCAAAUAUGCAGCUAACAGGAAAAGCACUGGACAGCUAAAUCUAAGCACAAGUCCCAUUAGCAGUGGAAACUUUUUAGGAUACUACAGUAACACAAGAAGCAAUUCUUUGAAACUGAGUUUAAUUGGUGAUCGGAAGAAUGACCGGCGGAGGAGCAACACACUGGAUAUAAUGGAUGUACGGAUAAAUCAUUCCAACAGCUUAGCAAGGACUAGAAGCCUUUCCUCCCUGAGAGAGGGAGGAAUGCAUGAUGUGCAGCCUACUACUGAUCCUAUGAACCUGAUGGCCACCAUCUUUUGGAUUGCAGCAUCUUUGCUGGAAUCUGAUUAUGAAUAUGAAUACCUCCUGGCUCUCAGGCUGCUCAACAAACUUCUUGUUCAUCUGCCUCUGGAUAAAUCAGAAAGUAGGGAAAAGAUUGAAAAGAUGCAGAGUAAAUUAAAAUGGAAUAACUUUCCGGGCCUUCAGCAGUUAUUCCUGAAGGGUUUUACUUCCGUUUCUACGCAGGAAAUGACAGUUCACUUACUCAGCAAACUCAUCACAGUCUCCAAGAAUCCAUUGGUGGAUCCUUCCCAGUUAACAGGUUUUCCUCUUAAUAUCUUAUGUUUGUUGCCUCAUCUAAUACAACAUUUUGAUAACCCAACUCAGUUCUGCAAGGAAACAGCUGACAGGAUAGCAAAGGUAUGUGCAGAGGAGAAGUCACCGACCCUUGCCAAUUUGGCUCAUAUGAUGAGUUUAUACAGUACACACAGCUAUUCCAGAGACUGCUGUAACUGGAUUAAUGUAGUGUGUAGAUAUUUGCAUGACUCCUUCUCAGAAACAACUUUUAAUCUUGUAACGUACCUUGCAGAGCUGUUGGAGAAAGGGUUGUCCAGCAUGCAGCAAUCUUUACUUCAGAUCAUUUACAGCCUUUUGAGUCACAUUGACUUGUCUUCAACACCGGUGAAGCAGUUCAAUCUGGAAAUUAUAAAGGUCAUUGGUAAAUAUGUUCAGAGUCCAUACUGGAAGGAAGCCCUUAAUAUUUUGAAACUGGUCGUCUCUCGAUCAGCAAGUCUUGUUGUACCUAAUGAUAUUCCAAAGUCCUAUGGUGGCGAUAUAAGCUCUCCUGAAAUUUCAUUCACCAAAAUUUUUAAUAAUGUUUCGAAAGAACUCCCUGGGAAAACCUUAGACUUUCAUUUUGACAUAUCGGAGACGCCAAUUAUUGGAAACAAGUAUGGUGAUCAGCACAGUGCAGCUGGCAGAAAUGGGAAGCCAAAAGUCAUUGCUGUAACUAGGAGUACUUCCUCAACAUCCUCAGGAUCCAAUUCCAAUGCCUUGGUACCUGUCAGUUGGAAGAGGCCACAGUUAUCUCAGCGAAGGACCAGAGAAAAGUUAAUGAAUGUUCUUUCUUUGUGUGGUCCAGAAUCAGGUCUUCCUAAGAAUCCAUCUGUUGUGUUUUCUUCUAAUGAAGACUUGGAAGUUGGAGAUCAGCAAAUUGCUCUUAUUUCAGCAACGGAGGAAGUAAUUCAAGAGGAAGAAUUGGCUGUAGAAGACAAUACAAGCGAACAACAGUUCGGAGUUUUUAAAGACUUUGACUUUUUAGAUGUUGAGUUAGAAGAUGCAGAGGGGGAAAGCAUGGACAACUUCAACUGGGGAGUCCGCCGGCGCUCCCUAGACAGUAUCGAUAAGGGAGACACACCAUCCCUACAAGAAUAUCAUCAGUAUUCUGGUAGCACCCCCAGCUUGAACUUAACCAAUCAAGAAGAUACUGAUGAAUCCUCAGAAGAAGAAGCCCUGACUGCAAGUCAGAUAUUAUCGCGAUCGCAGAUGCUAAACAACGACUCGGCUGCUGAUGACACAGCACUAGAUCAUGGAGGAUUGUUACUACAGUCUCAGGACUCCACUAGCAGUGUGGGAACAGAAGAGGUGCUUCAGAUCAGAGCAGAGAGUCCAAGUUUGGAGGUUUCCCCUCUAGAUAAUGCUAGCAAUCAGCUGCCUGAGGAUGGCAGUUCACCCAUAAAGGAUGAACAAGUUAGUACUGCCAGUGAAGACACCGGAUUGUUUAUAUUGCAAGAGCAGCAGGAGUCCUUGAUUUGCCAAGAACCUCUGGAGUUGGAAGAACCGCCUGAAAUUCCAGAUCACCCAGCUACUGAGAGCUAUUCGGAAUCGAUCUGUGAAGAUGACGUUACCCUUGCUUUGAAGGAACUAGAUGAAAGAUGUGAAGAAGAAGAAGCUGACUUUUCUGGGUUGUCUAGUCAAGAUGAAGAACAAGAUGGCUUUCCAGAAGCACAGACAUCCCCUCCACCUUCCCCUUUUCUUUCUGCCAUAUUGGCAGCUUUCCAGCCAGCAUCAUAUGACGACGAAGAAGAGGCUUGGCGUUGCCAUGUCAAUCAGAUGCUGUCAGACACAGAUGGAUCUUGUGCUGUUUAUACAUUUCACGUGUUCUCUAGGUUGUUUCAGACCAUUCAAAGGAAAUUUGGUGCUAUUACACAUGAAUCAGUCAGUUUUCUUGGUGAGAAUCUACAGCGAAUUGGAAAAAAAUUUAAAAGUUCACUAGAAGUGAUGAUGAUGUGUUCAGAAUGCCCAACAGUUUUUGUGGAUGCUGAAACGUUGAUGUCUUAUGGAUUACUAGAAACAUUGAAGUUCAGUGUUCUUGAGCUCCAAGAACAUCUGGAUACUUACAAUGCUAAAAGAGAAGCAGCAGAGCAGUGGUUAAAAGACUGCAAAAGAACAUUUGGUACAGAUGACGGCAUUCAUGGAGCCACCACAGAUGCCCAGCAUUUGGAAAUUCUAGCAGAGUUAGAGUUGUGUCGAAGGCUAUAUAAGCUGCAUUUCCAAUUGCUGCUUCUGUUCCAGGCUUAUUGUAAGCUUAUCAGCCAAGUGGACGUAGUUAGAAAAGAGGCAGAGGUAAUAAACAUGUCAGAGGAACUUGCCCAGUUGGAAGCCUGCCUGAAGGAAGCAGAGUCUGUUUCUGAUAGUAGCAUUGAAGAAAUGGAGAUUGCAGAAGCUUCCCAGGCCAGCACUGAGACGGCCAUUCACUCUCUUAUUGAAACCUUGAGGAGCAAGGAAUUUAUGUCUGCUAUAGCACAAGUCAAAACUUUCAGGUGCAUUUGGCCCAAUGACAUUUUUGGCAGCUCUGAAGAUGACCCAGUACAAACUCUGUUGCACAUUUACUUCCGUCAUCAGACCCUGGGCCAGACUGGUAGCUUCGCAAUUGUGGGCUCAAAACAAGACAUGUCAGAAGCCAGCUCAAAACUCAUGGAGCUGAACUUAGAAAUCCGUGAGUCCCUGCGCAUGGUGCAGUCCUAUCACCUUCUUGCAAAACACACGCCUGUGGGAAGCUUGAGCACUGGAUUUUGAACUGCUAAUCCCACAGAAAAGAGCUGCGUCUCGACAUUGUCAAACACCUUUCAUAUUUGUGGAA